AAAAAUAUGAUUAUCAAAUCGAAGCUACCAAAUUUGGAUAUUCCGGAUAAGACAUUUCACGAUUUCUUGUUCCAUGAAUGGGAAAAAUUUCGCGAAGACGUGGCGUUAAUUGACAAUGACACAUUUGCUCAGUUCACGUUUCAAGAUGUAAUGCAAAAGGCAGACUUCAUUGCCAAAAGUUUGGUAUAUCUGAAAGUUGAAAAAAGUGAAGUUGUUCUGCUUGUGAUGGAUUGGUCUCCAGCAGCCAUAUAUAUUGCGUUGGGAGCAUCAAUGGCUGGUGCUGCAAUCCAGGUUGUCAGUCCGAAGUUGCAAGCAUGGGAAAUGCAAUUUCCAGUUAAAGAGAGUGAAUCGAGAUUUGUGUUCUCUGAUCCACUCGGCCUUCAUGAAAUUGACAAAUUGAUGAAAACUCUGAACCGAGAAUAUAGAAUUAUCUGCACAGGAAGCCGCGACUUUGCAAACGGCUAUCCAAUUAUUGAAGAUCUGGCUUUUGCAGCUAAACAGAAUCUUCCAUUGCCGAAAAUUGAACCGGACACUGAUAUUGUAUACUUACCAUACUCAAGUGGUAUUCACGGGAAAAGAAAAGGGAUAGUUACAACACACAAAGUCAUGGUUGCAAAAACAAUGGUAAUGUGGAAUACUUCCAAACAUCAUGAAUUUCGCCGUGGGGAUACUACACUUACAAUGAUUCCUCUUCACAAACAAUGUGGUCUUGAUGCAAUUUUAUGUGCACUGCUAAAUGGACUAACAGUAGUGACAGAGAAAAAUUUUUGUGUACACACUUUUAUGACGUGCAUUCAAAGAUAUAAGAUUCGAGCAGUUCAUCUAACUCCUUACUUGAUGAACUUAAUGAUGUUCGAAGCGGAGAACCAUACAUACAACAUCGAAUCAUUGGAAUGGGUGGUCACUGGAGCCGACGCUGUUACUGAAGAGCUGUACGAGGAGUUUACAGAAAUAUUUCCAUCCGUAAAAACGGUGACUCAAACAUAUGGCAUGACAGAAGUUGGCCUGAUAUGUCGAACAUACAACAAAAACUAUUCACCAUCCUGCGGGCAGUUAACAGCAAAUCUGGAAAUGAAAGUUUUGGACAUCUUAACUGGAAAAGAGUUGGGACCCAGAGAAAAAGGACAAAUUUGCGUUAAAGGAAUAGCUGCAGAAAGCCCGUAUUUAAACAAUCCAAAAGCAACAGAAGAGCACUUUCUGGAUGGUUGGAGGAGAACUGGAGAUAUUGGAUUCUUUGAUGAAGAAGGAAAUGUUCACUUGGUGGAUAAGCUGAAAGAAAUGAUAAAAGUGUUCGGAUAUCAAGUGAUUCCCAAGGAGAUAGAAACACUUUUACUCACUCAUCAAGCUGUAGAGGAAGCUGCAGUUGUUGCAAUCAACAAUGAAUUGAGUGGAGAGAGACCUGUUGCAUUUGUGGUAUUGAAAAAAGGAUUUGUGGCAACCGAAGACGAUUUAAAGGAUUACGUUAACAAACGAGUUAUCCGAUACAAACAUUUGGUCCGCGUGAAUAUCACCCAAUUCCUUCCAAAAUCCGCAUGCGGUACUCUACUUCGUCGUCUAUUAGCAGAAGCUGCAGUAAUGUCAGUCGCUUCUAUUGCCGAGGUAGAAAAAGAAUUUGUGCCAGAACUCCCAGCAGACAUGAAAUCCAUUUUGACUCAUUAAAAAGACAUUUGUGAAUCAGUUGAAAUGAUGGGUAUCUUUAUUUUGUUAAUAUGUAAAUACACUACUGAAAUAUUACUUUACAAUAAAAUAUUCUGUGGAU